AUUAGAGAAACUUUUGAGAAGAUUAUAAAAGAAUUUGAUUCUUGUUCUAUAGAUUUAAAUUUGGCUAUUUCUAUCGCGAAUAAUGAUCAAUUAAAUAAGGAUUUGGCUAUAUUGCAUUCUGAUAUUAUUGAAAUGAUGAAAUUUUUAGAUAAUGUUGAAGGUGGUAUAACUUCAAUGGAUGAUAAAUUACAACAAAUUGUUGAUAAUAAUAGUGAAAUACAAAUUCUAAAUAAGAAUAUUAUAAUUAAAAUACAUAAUAUUGAAGAACAAAAUAAUAAAAUUAUAGAACAAAAUAAUAGAAUAUUAGAAUAUGAAGAUAAACAUCAAUCUCUUGAUUUUACUCCUCUCAACACCGAAAUUGAAACUAUUUCAAUAUUAAAUAAGGAAGUGAAUAAUCAACAUUCAAAAAUUGAGGUUAAAGCCAAAAGAAUUGUUCCUUCAAAAAUUAAGGAUGCCCCACAAUUUGUUUCACGUAAAGGUAGUAGAAUAACUAUACAGAAAAAAAUUUAUAAAGAAAUGGAUGUUGCUUGUAAACCUAUCUCAAUGGAUAAUAUUCAAAGAAUUCAAAAACAUCUUGCCAUUUUAAAGAAAUUAGAUACUUGUCCUUAUAUUAUUCAAUUUCAUGGUUUAUCAGAAAUAAAUGGUGAAAAUGUGAUGAUCUUUGAAUGGGCUGAAUAUGGAACUUUAAGAGAGCUUUAUCUUAAUUAUAAUAUUGAGUGGGAUGCGAAGAUUUCUAUAGCGAGGAACAUCUGUCGAGGUUUAAUUUUUUUGCAUGCAGUGGAAAUUUUACAUCACGAUAUUAGAUGCGAGAAUGUAUUAAUUACUGAAAAUAUGUUACCAAAGAUUUGUAAUUUCAAAUUUUCUCGUGAAUUUAAUGCUGCCACUAUCCAAAUUGAUGAUAUGAAUGAUAUAAUACAUUGGUUGGCCCCUGAAAAAUUGAAUCAUAUAUCUACAGAAAAGGAUUCUAAAAAAUCCCAUAAAAAACAAGAUGAGUCCAGUAGUUAUACUAUUCAAUGUGAUAUUUUCAGUUUUGCAAUGCUUCUUUGGGAACUUGGAUUUCAAAAGAAACCUUAUGAAAAUAUGCCUAUAUCUCAAAUACAAAAACAUGUAUCAAGAGGUGGUAGAGAAACGGUAGAUUUUGGUUUAAGUCCUAAUGCUAUCCAAAAAGAAUAUCGUAGUAUUAUUGAACUUGCUUGGGCACAAGAACCAUCUUUACGUCCAGGAAUUCAACAUAUUUUUAAUAUGUUGCAAGAAUUAUACGAGAAACAUGUAUUACAAAGAGGUUCUCCUUUAUUACGUCCAAAAAUGAAUGAAAUUGAUGAAAGUUUACAUAGUUUAUCAAUUACUGAUCGUAAUAUUGGUCCUAUACCUAAAGUUACUCCUGUUACUCCAUUAACCCCAUUUAAAGAAGGUUUAUUGGCUCAUAAAGAAAAAAAUUAUGAAAAAGCUUGGAAAUGUUUUGAAGAACAUGCAAAAGUUGGUGAUAUAUUAGCAAAAUAUUGGCAAGGUUAUUAUUAUUUAGAAGGAAAAUAUGUUGAUAAAAAUCAUGCAAAAGCUAAAGAAUUAUUUAAAGAUGCUGCUGAUGGUGGAAAUGCUGAUGCUCAAUUACGUUAUGCUUUUUGUUUAAUUGAUAAAGAGAAUGAAAAUAUGGACUAUGAUAAUUUCUUGAAAUAUUUAAAAAUGUCUGCUGAUAAGAAUAAUCCUACUGCUCUUUAUAAUCUUGGUGAAAUUUAUUUACAAGGUAAAAUGGGUAUUGGGGAGGAUGAGGCAAAAGGCAUUCAAUAUUUAAGGUUGGCUGCCUUGCGUGAUCAACCUAAAGCAAAAGAAAUUCUAAAAGAACGUAAUAUUAAUUUAUAUUAAAAAAAAGAAACAAUUUGUCUAGUAUAUUUAUUAUAUAUUUCCGUCUAUAUUGUCUAUAUUAAAUAAACAACCCCAUGUAUGCUAUAAUAAAAUCUAGUAUCAUAACCAUAGUAACUAGUAAGUUUCAUCAUUUUGAUCACGUGAUA